GAUAAAAGUGCAUAAAAAAGGGGUUCGAACUUGGAUCAAUAAGAAAUGUAUUUUAUAAUUACAGAUUAACCAGCUUGAUUUACAAAUAAUAGAAUAACUGCUUGCUUUAUGAAAAGGGAUCUACAAUUGGCAAAGUCCAUUUCAUAAGGUCUUGGGCCAUACAAGUUAUAUUGAAGUACAUUCCUUUGUUGCUAGAUAUUGUCAGAAAUGCCUAUAUUAUAUUCCGUAAUAUCCAGAGGCACUACGGUUUUAGCCAAGUAUGCCGAGUGUGUGGGUAACUUCGCAGAGGUAACCGAUCAGAUUAUUUCCAAGAUCACAUUAGAUAACCACAAACUUACCUACUCGCACGGCGAUUAUCUGAUCCAUUACGUGUGUGAAAAUAAAUUGAUCUAUAUGUGCAUUACAGACAGUGAGUUUGAACGCUCUAGGGCAUUUCUCUUCCUGGCUGACAUUAAGCAGAAAUUCAUUCACACAUAUGGCCUGCAAGUAGCCACUGCAAUUGCCUAUGCAAUGAACACCGAAUUUUCAAGGGUCCUGGCUCAGCAAAUGACCUUCUUCAGUCAGUCCGUCGAAAUCGAUGCUAUUUCACGAGUACAUGGACAAAUUGACGAACUAAAGGACAUCGUGGUGAAAAAUAUUGACAACCUAAGAGACCGAGGGGAAAAGUUGGAAUUGCUAGUGAAUAAAACUGAAAAUUUAAGUAACAAUUCUGUAGCAUUCCGAAAAGCUUCCCGGAACUUGGCAAGGCAAAUGUUUUGGAAAAAUAUACGUCUUUAUGUCGUCGUUGGCCUUAUAAUCAUAUUCGUUAUAUAUGUCAUUGUGAGCAUGGCCUGCGGUGGACUAGCGUGGCAAGGCUGCUUGAAAUAGAUAUAUAAGAAGCAAUUAAUCGAAGAUUAGCAGACAUUAUUGGUUAACAUUGCGAUAUUAUUUUUCUUUCUAAAUAUUUUUAUUAAAAUUAUUUCUCAUGUAUCUAAUGUAAACAAUCAACGUUAUAUUGAUUUUUAAACCAUUAUUAUUAAUUAUGAAAUUCAUAUAUAGUUUUGUAAUAUAUGUACGUUUGAAAAUAAAGCUUGAACGGCUUAUAAAAAUUACAUUCAAAUUUUAA